AUGAUUGGGCCUUUUGGGCUGGGCCCAGCUGGACCACCCGAAAGCAAGAGGAGGAGAAGAGGCAGCAGAAGAUCCAUGGGGGAGGGAAAGUCGAGGGCUGUGAAAUCUGUGGCUGUUGUAUUCGGAGCCCUAGCCUGUGGGUGGCUAGCCAUAGAGCUCGCUUUCAAGCCAUGGAUGGACAAGGCUCGAGCCGCCAUAAACAAGUCUGACCCUACUCGCGACCCUGAUGAUGCCGAGAUAGUCAACAACAUCGACCCAGCUAAGAAGUCCCCGUACGACAGCGAUUCCUCCGAUGACCACCAUUGAUUGUCAGAUUCUAAAACCCUAUCUGUUCGAUUAAAGCUUUUUAAAUAUGAUUUUUUUGUGUCGGAUUAAGAAGCUACCGAUAGAUUUUACUCUUUUAUUUGAUAUGAUAUCUUUAUAUUAGUAUAAAAUUGCUUCCAUUGAC